AUUAAAUUACCAGUGACAUGUGUUCUAUAUAUAGAGAUAAAUCUCGACUUUGUUUACCUAGGCCGAGUAGGAUUAUAAAUUUAUGAAAAUUGUAUUUGGGUGAAAUAGGAUAAUAAAUAGAUGGACGGUUACUUUUAAUUAUAACAGUUCUACAUAUCAUUUGCAAGAGUAUAUCCAUAGCAGAGGAUGGAUCAUUUCAUUUUUCUAUGAAAGGAAGCCUCUAUUAACAGUGUAUGACAACCAGAAAUGAUGGACUUAAAACAAAAGGCAUACGAUGCAAUAGACACAAUUGUUACAGAUUUAGACAAAAUCAGUAAAGAUAUUUGGGAAAACCCGGAGGAAAAUUUCGAGGAGGUAAAAGCACACGCUAAUAUCACAGCUUUCCUUGAGAAGAAAGGGUUUCAAGUUGAAAGAAACUAUAUCACAAAGACAGGAUUUAGAUCGACAUUUGGCGAGAACUCAGACGGUCCAUAUAUUGUUGUUAUAUGUGAAUACGACGCUCUGCCUCUGAUAGGUCAUGCUUGCGGACAUAACUUGAUCGCAGAGGUCGGCUUGGCUUCUGGUAUUGGUAUUAGAGCUGCUCUAGGAAACAGCGAGAAACCCCUCGGAAAGCUUACUAUACUCGGUACACCCGCAGAAGAAGGUGGCGGUGGAAAAAUUGAUAUGAUAAAAGCUGGAGUCUUCAAGGACGUUGAUAUAGCAAUGAUGGCACAUCCAUCAUCGUUCAAUCUUGCAGCAGUUCAUUCCCUAGCUAUUGAACAGGUAACUGUCAAGUAUCAUGGACAAUCAGCCCAUGCGAGUGCUUUCCCUUGGAACGGUGUCAACGCUCUUGACGCAGCCGUGUUAUGUUAUCAGAAUGUCUCUUGUCAAAGACAGCAGUUUAAACCAACAUGGAGAGUUCAUGGUGUAAUAAAAAAUGGUGGAUCAAAACCAAACAUUAUACCCGACCUCACAGAAUUAGAGUUUUACGCAAGAACACCCACUAAAUCCGAACUCACUGUAUUGAUGGACAAGUUAGAUAAAUGUUUCGAGAGUGCAGCAGCGGCUACAGGAUGUACAGCAGAAAUUAGCUGGUCGGGUAGACCUUACUACGACAUGAAGAAUAACAAAACAAUGAGUGAUUUGUAUUAUAAGAAUGCUACACAACUAGGCAUAGACUUCGACAAACACGGUGUCGCACACUUUGAUGGAAAUGUUCCGACGGGAUCUACAGAUAUGGGAAAUGUGUCGUAUGAAACGCCGAGUAUACAUCCCAUGUUUUACAUUGGGACUGAUGCAAUUAAUCAUACGAAAGAAUUCACAGUGGCAUCAGGUAAUCAAGAGGCACAGAAAUAUACCAUUGCUGUCGCUAAAGCCAUUGCAGUCACUGCUAUCGACAUCUUACAAGAUCCAAAACUGCUAGCCCAAAUAAAAGAAGAAUAUCGCAGCGGCAAAUCUUAAACUAAAGAUUAGAGAACUUAUCUUGUUUUAUGUUUACAUUUAAUAGAUAUUGAAGAAUAAUCUCGACAUCAUUUUGCAUUUCUUUUAAUUAGAUAAAAAGAAUAA